AAAAGAUGCAGAUAUAUCCCCAGAAAACAACAUGGUGUCAUACUCAUUUCUGGAUCCCAUUCCAGUCGAUUUUGAAAUAAGAUUAGGUGAUGGAACCAUUACUUUAAAACGUCCCCUCAACUACAACCGAGUCCAAGAGUACAAACUAACAGUAAAGGCACAGGAUUUCGGAAAUAAAUCUGAUGAAGCAAAAGUGACAAUUCACAUCAUAGAUUUCGACACAAUGAACCCUUAUUUUAAUCACUCCUUUUAUGAUGCAACUAUUUCAGAAAAUGUGAUUAAUACGCUCACUAUCUCUCCUGAACCAAUUCAAGCAAAAGAUGGGGACAUUGGAAUAAAUGAAAAAAUAGACUACAGCAUCACAUCAGUGACACCCUCCACGUAUGAAAACUAUUUCACCAUCGAUGAAAACAGUGGAAUACUAAGCCUGACUAGAGAACUGGACAGAGAAAUCAUUGAAACUAUAACUAUAAACAUUAAGGCUGCACAGCAGAAUGACAGGCUGAAAUAUGCAGAAGCCUUAGUGCUGGUUAACAUACUGGAUGUCAAUGACAACCCCCCCGAGUUUGAUAAAAAUGAUUACAAGAUCUCCAUUCCAGAAAACUCUCCCAAUGAAACAACCUUUCUUAAAAUCACAGUAACUGACAAGGACAAGGGUGGCUUCAACGGUACACUGGCAAUCACUCCAGAGGACAAUCCUUUCCAAAUAAGUGCUGAUGGAACCAUUACUGUGAGGAAUUCAGAGGUUUUAGACAGAGAGCAAAAGGAGAUUUUCACUCUUGAGAUCAUAGCAAGGGAGUUGGCUCCACCUCACCAAGAGCGUCAAGCUGUACUGCUGAUAGAACUCCUAGAUGAAAAUGAUAACAGUCCAACUUUUAACAACUUGCCGUAUGAGGGGAAAAUUUUCAAAAACCAAACCAUUGGAAUGGAAGUUGUGAAGGUCGAUGCUUCAGAUCUUGACAAAGAUGCCAACGGACGUAUAAACUACAAAAUAGCUGGUGGGAAUUCAGUCGAUUUCUUUGAAAUCGAUGAACAAUCGGGCCAGAUCAGUUUACUCAAAGAAAUUCCCUUGGCUGAAAACACUCUACCCAUGAUUAUUCUGUAUGUGACUGCAACUGAUGUGGGACCCAGUGAUAUUCCUGUGUCUAAGCUGUAA